CAUCAAACCACCUCCAUCAAACACGGUUGUAAACUGUCAAGGGCGGCAAACUCGCACAUACCUGCACCGUGAAAACUAGAGCCAGACGAGCAUAUAGGAGCCGUGUUGGCUGGAUCCAGGGACCACCAAGCCAAUGUGGAAUUUCGCGAACAUACGUCACCGAGGCAAGACGACCACGCUGUUCACACCACUUUCGAGGCUGCCGAGCUCAAACACCCCGCCGCUGGCGUCCGGCAUUCCAGAGUCCUGGCGAUGGAGGUCCAUUCUUCAGGCGCCUUGCCCGGCAUAACCGACGACUCGAGGCUUGCUGGGCGACGUCUUCUCAUUGCCUACGGCUCCGAAACAGGAAACAGCCAGGAUGCCGCCGAGACACUGGAGAGGCUGGCGGAGCGGCUGCGCUUCCAGACUUUUCUUUGCGAGAUGAAUGAUGUUACCCUAAAAGGCCUGCAUGACUUUGGGCUGGUCAUCUUUGUCGUGUCGACGACAGGCCAGGGCGAGAUCCCAAAGAACGCGAGGAAGUUCUGGCGAGGGCUACUCCGGAAGCAGCUGCCGCCUGGCUGCCUUGCGUCGGUGCGGUUCACCUCGUUUGGGCUGGGCGAUAGCUCGUACUCCAAAUUCAACUGGGCUGCUCGCAAGCUGCACAAGCGGCUUGAGCAGCUAGGUGGAUGCGAGUUCUACCCACGCGGCGAGGCAGACGAGCGUCACGACGAUGGUAUCGACGGCGCUUUCAUCCCGUGGUACACCAGUUUACGCACCCAUCUGCUGUCAACCAAUCCACUUCCUGACGACCUGCCACCGGUACCAUUGGACGUCCGCCUACCACCAAAAUAUACCAUAGAGAUGGCGCCCACCAUGCAGGAACACGAUCAAUCAGACGAGCUGGCCAUCACAGCCAAAGCACUUGCACCAGAUCACAAGAACACACCUGACGACACAGCGGCUCGCUUCAGCCACGUCGAUGUUGUCGACCCAAAGAAGAUGGAGUAUGAUCUUCGCUUUGCCAGACUUCGACCUGAGAACAAUGUCGCCCUGGCCAGACAAUCUGGACACACAGCUACGAGAGUAGUCGGCGGCAUUGAUACGUUGGAUCGGCCCAACAUCCUCAAGGACGACCCUGCCAAGUAUGCGUUGACUGCGAUGACCGACGCCCAGGAAGCGCCACCACCCGCAGAUCUGCUUCCUAUUCCAGACUCGUACGAAGCCUGUGUCGUAGCAAAUGAAAGAGUCACGCCCGGAGAGCACUGGCAGGAUGUUCGUUCCAUCGCCUUGGACUUGGAACUGCCCAAGUCUGCAACAGCCCGAAUGCGAAACUGUCACAUUGCGCCCGGGUCUGUGGUGACGCUCUUUCCUAAGAACUUCCCCGCGGAUGUUCAGCUACUCAUUGACCUCAUGGGCUGGGGUGACAUUGCUGAUGAGCCUUUCGAGCACCACUCGAGGCUGAACCUGGGUUUCACCAAGGCCCCAGAACCAAAGGGAUGUUAUCCUCUGCCAAGGUCGACGCUGCGACAGCUUCUCAUCAAUAACUACGACAUCACAGCGAUACCGAAGCGCAUAUUCUUCGAGCUCAUCGCGUGGCACACAGACGACGAGACACACAGGGAGCGCCUGCGCGAGUUCGCGGACCCCAAAUACACCGACGAGUUCUACGACUACACGUCCCGGCCCCGGCGCUCAAUCCUGGAGAUCCUGAACGACUUCCCGUCCGUCAAGAUCCCGUACCAGGAGGUCCCCACCAUCUUCCCCGUCAUCCGCGGACGCGAGUACAGCAUAGCGAGCGGCGGCGAGAAGUGCAGCCCGCGGCCGGGGAUAUUGCGGCUCGACAUACUCGUCGCACUGGUCAAGUACAAGACGGUCCUCCGCAAGGUCCGGCAGGGCUUGUGCUCGCGCUACCUCGCCGCCGUGGAGCUCAACACCCCGAUCGUGGUGCAGUUUGCGCCGGCACACAAGGGCCCGCCCAGCGGACCCGAACAUGCCCAGCGACCACUCCUCGCCAUCGCGCCGGGCACCGGCGUCGCCCCGAUGCGCUCGCUGAUCUGGGACCGGCACGCCGACGGUGUCCGGAAUCCCGGGGCAGCCGGCCAAAACGUGCUCUUCUUUGGCGGGCGCAACCGGAAAGCCGACUUCUUCUACGAGGCCGAGUGGCGGGAGCUGGGCGUCGAGGUGCACGCAACGUUCUCCCGCGACCAGCGCGAAAAAGUUUACGUGCAGGAUCUGCUCCGCCAGCAAGCGCCGCUGGUGUGCGAUCUCAUCUCGCGCAACGCGAUCGUAUGCCUCUGCGGCAGCUCGGGCCGGAUGCCCGAGGCAGUACGGCAGGCGCUCUGCGACGUGCUGGUUGAGGGCAGAGUCGCGCCGGACCACGAGACAGCCAAGAAGCUGUUUAAUAAUCCGAGUCGGUAUUGGGAGGAAGUCUGGUGAGCUGGAGGGAAUACAUCUCACGAGCGAAGACGGGAUGGUUACAAGGUCGUCGCACGAUGUAGAGGACGUCGAGAACUGCACACGCCGGGUCAUAUGCUCACUAU